GCGCUUUCUCAGUUCGUCUUUCUCCGCACACUUUUAUGUCCAAGCAGCUUACGCCUUUCUUGAAUCGUUGAAAUCAUGGGAUCCAAGAGAAACAAAUUAAAGAAAGCAUUAACCCCCUCUCAGCCGGCAGAACCAGAACCACCGGCUGUCGAGGAUGAGGAACUUAUGGACGAACUGUUCGCACAUCUGGAUUCAAAGAACCAGACAGUCCAGACGCAGUCGGCAACUGUGCUCAAUGACAUGAAUAUCAGUCAAAUAGCGACUGACGCGAGCAAUGCCCCCAAACAGGAUAGUAAAGCUCGGCACAAAGCGAGACAGGCAAGGAAAGCAGCAGCUUUGGCGGAAAAAUUCGCUCCCACUGAUGCAGAUGCGGAUGCUCGGCUUCAGAGAGAAGCGGACGAAGAGGAGAAGACAAUCAAGCAUAUCUGUGAAGAGCUUGGUGUACGAAUGUUUGAGAUUACACCUGAUGGGCACUGCCUCUUUUCUGCUGUCGCGGAUCAGCUGAACAUCCUAGGCAUAUUACCUGGUGUUAGUUAUCUCGACGUCCGACGGGCGGCUGCAGAUUAUAUCCACUCCCAUCCAGACGAUUUCAUCCCAUUCCUACCUUCUGUUGGUGGUGAGGAUACGGUAGCUGCUACAGCAGACACGGGUAUUCUGGGCCUAGCUGAAUUCGAGCAAUACUGCAGGACGGUGAGGGAUACAGGCGCAUGGGGAGGAGAGCCAGAGAUACUAGCACUCAGUCGUGCAUACAAUGUUCCUAUACAUGUGAUUCAAAGAGGCACACCUUCUAUCGUGAAGCAUGAGCCGUCAAUCGGGUUUCCUGAAGGGAACGCGGCUGAAAGAAAGGCAGUUCGUAUCAGCUAUCAUCGAAGGAUGUACGGUUUGGGUGAGCAUUACAACUCACUACGACCGAAAGCUAACGGCAUAGUCAACAAUAUCAAGGCCGCCUUUACUUCAUGACAGCAGAAGGGGUGUACGAUAGGUGAUGAGUAUAUCAAUUAUACAUUCCAGAGGGUAAACGAUGUAAUUAUAGAUACACAUGAAGACAUAAACAGAAGGUCAGAAUAAUCUUGUGAGAUGGUCAUCGGCUUGUGGUUUUGGCUCAUCUGCCAGAUAACUGCCAAAAGCGUUGUCCAGGUUCGCAUACGGAUCUGCAGAGCCUGACGGCGAUGCAAGGGAAUCCUCGUCCCCAUGCUCCCCACUUUCGUGCUCGUUCUCACCCUCGCCAUCCAAAGUGUCGGCCGAAGAGCUGGCACCAAUCAGAUCUCCAGUCUGAGGUGGAGCGGGGGGCGCUGGUUUGGCAGUGGGUGGGACAGGAGAUACAGAGGCUUCUCUUGGAGGCGGCGGACCUGGCCCUGGUACAUGUAUCGCGGGAGGAAUGUUUGGUCGCGACAGAGGUACUAGGACUUGGCGAGACAGCGGAUUCAAUGCGGGGCUAUCUGUCAAAGCUUUUCCAGCCGCGUUACGAAUGAAAGUCUGGCGAAUAUGACUGUGAGAGGAUAGCAUAAAAGCAUGGAAGCUCCGACGCACCUCCGGGUUCUUGUGGUAGAUACUGCCAAGUGUUCCUGUGUGUAGCAACAACUGGUCAAGGGCACCACGGUCCAUCCUAUCAGAAUCAGUGGUGAUUGCAGGCUUCUCAGCAAGGACAAUUUCUCCAGCAACGGUGGGGUUGAUGGCGAGUAAUCUCCAGUACAUGAAACCACGAUCUCGGAGAUCUGGAUUGUCAACUUCCUCCGUAGCCCACUUCAGUACCUUGUGUACAAGCGCUUUGCUGGUGUCUGACUGGGCCUUGUAAAUGAAUAGUUUCACGGCGGCCGUC